ACACUCUGUGUAAUGUUAACCUACGUGGUCACGAGUUUGGGAAUACCCUCAUACUCAAUCUUCAGACGAACGUGUUGAUAUGGCGACACUCCAGGCGAAGGUUACGGCCAGACCUCUGUAAUAUGUGAAGACCAAGAGCUCUGUAUCUGUUCCCCCUAACAGACAGUGACAAUACUCUCGGCCUACAAAGGUUUCAGGAUGAAGAUGUUAAGCUACAUUAUGUUGGCAGUCAUGAUGACUGGUGCAGUUUACAAGUGUCACAUUGCACAAAGAAUGGAGCUGAGAGUUAUCGGACUUUUGGACAUUUCUCCAGGGAAUGAAGAUAACGUGGAGUCGUAUGUUUCGGAAGUAAAUGCCUUCCUUCGAGGACAAAUGUCUAGUUCAUAUGGAAGGAAUGUAUCUCUGGCCAUCGAAACGUUCGGUAAUGUAACCGAUGUUGAUGAUUUACUGCUACGGAUAGGGAACACAUCGAAUGUUAUAGCAAUGUACACUGAACCAGGACAGAGUCCAUUUUUGAAAAACGACUUGCUGACUCGUCCGUCUACAAAAGGUAUUCCUCUACUGGACAUGUAUCCGGAUGAAGAUAAAAUUUCAAGGUACCCGUCUUUAGUGUCAGUGACGUUGCCGGUAGAUGACGUCACGUCCAUCUUGGUUCAGCUGUUGGGCAAUUUACGAUGGAGUUAUGUUCAGGCUGUGUAUCAGAAUUCGUCUUACUUCUCAACUAUCCUGGAACGUGUGCAUACUGUGGCCGGACGUGCCAACAUAUGUGUACUCAAGUCGUUCCCAAUCAGUGAUGACGUCACGAAUACUAUGCUGUUGAACACCAUGCAGUCUUUGGGGAAGGAACACAACACAAGCGGUGUCCUGAUUUUGCUGGACAAAGUGCUUACUAGACGCUUCAUUGAAGUCAUAAAGACACAUCGAAGCUCAUCGCUUUUUCAUUUCCUCACCAUUGGUAACUGGGAGGAUACGAGUGUAUCCCCAAUAUUAGGUACACUGGCGAUCACUAGAGAAUGGACCUUUACACGACUAUCUGGAUCUGUGAGAAGUGACAUACCGGAAACUAGCUCUUUGGACACAGCGUUACAGUUCCUUCUACAUGGACUAGACAUGGCAUUACCCGAUGUUUUGAGCUGCCAAACAGAACCUGUUAGCGAUAACCUCAUGGCAUGCUUUAGACAGUCUUUGCUGGACGUAUUACGUAGAGACAUUGAUGAUACAUAUGUGUACAACUUCCAAGGCAAUACUAGCAGAGCACAAUGGAUCAAAACAAUCGCUGUUAUGAACAAUACAAAGAAGAUGAUAGCUCCCAUUGUUUUUUACGACAAUGAGGAUGUACCAAUAGAGGGGCAUGCUGUCUCGACUAGUCAACCUUUUCGCCAGGAAUGCCGAAAUAACAUUGUUCAGGAAAUUCACCUGUCUGAACAUGCAGAUGUAUACCUAGUUGGUGUAUUUCCCAUGCAUGAACGGGCCAAUACUCCCAAUGGCUGUGGGGACCUCAAUCCUGACCAGGUGAUUCUUGCAGAGGCGGUCACAUACGGAGUGGAUAUCAUCAACAAUAAUAUGGGAACUCUGUCGGGUUUGUCCCUUGGAUAUAUCAUUAUAGACAGCUGCUCUCUGGCAGAUCGUACCAUAGCUCAAUUUGAUCAGAUAUACAGCGGGAAGGCUAGUAAUGGGAUAAAUCUUGAAGUCGUGUCUCAAAUAUUUGGAGCGGUUGGUUUCACCGGUCAUGAUGAAUACGCACCUUUGGCGGGAUAUUUACAUAGCAAAGACUUACUUACUAUCAGCGCGACAGCCAUUGAUUCCGAAUUCAGUAAAAAAGACGUCUACCCAGAUUUUAUGCGAAUGGUGCCAGAUCAACGGGAAGAGAUUAGUGUUAUGUUUCAAACACUGAAGCUCUUCGGAGUUAAAUAUAUCGGGAUUGUGUAUUCCGAAGAGCAUCUUAAUGAAGCCAGCGCUAGUUUAGCAAUAGAUACAGCCGACUCUUUAGACAUAUCAGUUGUCUACGCGAUGCACAUAGCAAAAGACAUGGGACAAAGUGAUUUAUAUAUGGAUAACUUGGUAGACGAAUUUAUAGAAAGAAAUCUGAACUCCACCAGAGUAUUGGUUACAUUUGCGAUGGCUGAGGAGCUACUGCCAUUGUUUAAAGCGAUGAAGCGAAGACAUGUUGAACAGAUGAUGUGGGUUGGAGACAAUUCGUGGUUUACAACCAUACACCACGACGAAAUGGUACCUUAUAUCGAUUUAUUGGACUGGGCCUUUGUUGUUGGGAUACCUACAUAUCCAGUUCCAGCCUUCAAUCGACACUUCAUGCAGAUUCAAAACAACAACUCUGCUGCCAGCGCGUUCACAAGGGAACUUUUAAAUCUGAUGGAAACAUGUAAUAACUUAACUAAUAAUGAAGAGACUGGCAUUUGUAAUAAAUUACAUUCUGACAUGUUUAGUCACAACGAUGCAUACCUGGUCAUUGAUUCAGUAAAGGCCCUGGCAGAGGGUUUGGAAGAGCUAUUACAAACAUGCCCUUUAGGAGACUUUUGUCCAGACGCAAAGAAUGAUUUAGCAAGUCAUCUUCGGGAACAUAUAUUCCAAAAUCACUUCCUUGGUUCGAGUGGGAAGAUUGUUCGUUUUGACAGCAAAGGAAAUGGACCUGCCUCGUUUGGAAUUUAUCAGGUUGUCCCUGAUAAGGAGCACGUUGUUAAGUACCAAAAGGUUGGUUCUUUUGAGGACGGAUCACUGAGCGUUUCUAGUGAUCUCUCUAUUCCGCUGGAUAUGAAAAAAUCAGAAUGCAGCAUUAAAACGUGUGCCCAUGUACCUCUCGAUAUUUUCGGCAAACCGUAUGUCUAUAUAGACGGUAAUCCAAUGUUGUAUGGGUUUGUGAAGAUCUAUAAGCGCAAAGAUGAAGCAUCUUGUUCAGGAGAGGUGAGUCGUAACGGAUAUCAGGCCAUGGAGACAAUGGUUUGGGGAGUGAAUGCCAUUAACAACAACACCUCUUUACUACCAAACGUCACGCUAGGCUUGGCCGUGUUUCCCACUUGUGGUAUAUCCACAAAUACUAAAAAUAUCGUUCAAAGCGUUUUACUACCAAACUUAGUGCUGUCUUCAAGAGGAUUACGUCCAAACACCACUAUUCUCGGUAUCGUUGGAGGCGAAACAGUAGGGGAUGCUAUUGCUAUGGAAACUGCUACACGCGCAUUAGAUACGGAAGUUCCAGUGAUAAUUUCAUCACGAGCUGACGUAAAUGACGGAAAACCACACCCACGUUUGUUCAGGACAGUGCCCUCGCCAUUUGCGGAAAUGGACUAUAUUCUUGAACUAUGUUUGCAGCUAAAAUGGACAUAUAUCCAUGUCAUAUAUGGUCAGCUUUCGGACAGUGUCGUUAAAUAUCUUACGGACAUUACAGACGUAAAUGGGAUCUGUAUAGCAAGUCGUAAUAUGUUGGAUGGAUCGGUCUCCUCUGACGUAACGCGGUCUACGUUGAUUAACAUGACGACAGUAGAGGGCGCCACUGUGGUUAUACUAGUUACGACUCCAAAUACAGUUAAACAAGUACUGAAGGAGGCACGGGAUUUGUACCUGUUAGGACGGCUUUUCUUCGUUCUUCCUUUUGAAAUGUAUAAUUUAAAGCAACAUCUGUCGGAAAAUGACAUAGGGUUGCUCUCCUCCCGCCAAGACAUCCAAUUAAAUGACCGAUUCAUGGACUACUUUUUAGGCCUUAAUAUCAAGGACAAAGCAAGCGAUCCUUGGUUUGCUGAUUUUUGGCAGCAAGCAAACAAGUGUAAUCUGCGUUUUUCUACCACCUAUGAAAAAGACUGCUCGAAUUCAGAACAUCUUUCUACAAGUAAUUUUCCUGCCAUUCCUUCUACCAAUGGUAUUUUGGAUUCCGUAUUUUCCUUGGGACACGCACUCCAUCACCUGAUCAGAGAAUGCAAGACCAAUGUAUCCGAGUGUAUUGCAGGCAACCGGACGAACUUCUACAAUGAUAUAGACCGCUUUCUUAUUGCAUCUGACUUCACAUCUCCAGGAGGGUCACCAUUUAAGUUCCGGGAUAAAACUUCUGUUUCCAAAGCUUUGAUAGUAACAAAUGUUCAGAAGAGUCCUGACGGAGGAGUCAGAUUAGUUGAUGUUGGUACUUUCGUGAACAGAAAACUAGCGCUCGAUAUGAGGAAGCUGAGCUUCUAUAGAAAUGGUGUCCGUGUCAUACCUGAAUCGAAAUGCCUAGGCGACUGUAGGAAUUGCUUGGAUCCUAACUUUGUGAAUGAUUAUGACGCGCGAGUGACGUCAUUGCUAUCAGCUGGUCCUAUUCUACAACACAAGAUUUUCACAGCUCUUGGAGUUAUAGAUAUUCUCCUGAUCUGUAUCUCAUUUAUGUUCAUUGGAAUAGCAGUAUACUUCCUGCGUAAGUUUCACACGCAUAAAGUGUUCAAUCUGUGUUUGGAUGCCGAUACUGGGAUUCUGAUCGGCUGUGUGCUGAUGACUUGUUCAAGUUGCUGCUACCUGUUUACACAGACCAAACUGAUGUGUACUCUACAACUUGGUACUCCAGCUCUCUCAUAUGCCAUAUGUACUGCGUCUUUGGUUGUGAAAAUUAACAAGACGGCAUGUUUACGUUCGUAUCUCGGACUCCAACAGAGUAGCGUACCAAGCUGGGAUUUUGCUUUGACAUACAUGCCGUUGCUGCUGGUUCCAACAAUCAUAUUAUUCUUUAAAUGGAUGAAGAGUGAUGCUGUUCAAAUAAAUUCAACUGUUCCUGGUAUAAGGAAAAUUUCGAGUAUCGACGAAGUGACCAUCUCCUGGCGUUGCAGUUUUGACAGGGAAUUUUAUUCUUUGUAUAUGACAACAUUUUGGUUCGUGAUUGUAGAAGUGAUUAUUAUUACAUUCUCGUAUAUACUGCGCUGUAACAAAGAGCCGGAAGUCAAACAGGUCAUGUGGUCUUCUACAAUAAGCCUCGUUUUCAUCACUGGAUCUACGCUGGUACUGAUGCUGACCGGUAAUGUUGAGAUAUACGGAAUAGUUAUGUGCUUUGUACUGAACCUCAACUCUAUGGUACUUACAUGUGCUAACUUUCUCCCUGCGGUGUUUAUAUUGAUGACUGAGGAACAAAGGGAACACGAGUUCAUGCAUAUGAUGACACAGGAUAGAGUUACGCGCAUGGCAAAAUUUUGGCGUAAUGAAAAAUCAAGAAAAAAGGAAAACAAGGGUAAUGUCGAAAGAAAAUAUGCGAAAUCGUUAUGGAAACAAGGAGCAGAGCUAAGUGUGUUCAAGACUGCGACGUCUAUUGAAGAGGGCACCUGAUAUUGAUUAAUUGUUAUUGUGUACGCCAACACAUACUUCAUUCAAAGCUUAUCAUUUUGCAUAAAUCGUCAUGCAUGCAAAUCGGUAUUCAGGAAAAUGUUUCACAAUGGAGAAAUGGUUACUUAAAUUGCCCUGCAAUCGAUUUGUGAAAGAACAUGGAAUUCAUUUCUGUCGAAUGCGCCAACAAAUCCACUGAUCCUGUUAUAGAUAGUAUCAUAACUUCAGCGAAAUCUCGAUAAGCAUAUCUAAAGAUAUUUAUAUUCUUCUUAAGUCAGAGAAGUAGCUUUAAUUAAAUUGGUGGUUAAAUGUCGAAUGUACCGAUAUUCACCAUUAGCAGCGUGUGAGGAAUGACCCAAGGAGUCCGAUAGGUCCUAGGGGUGACUCAAGGAGUCGGAGUGAUCAUAGGAGUGACUCGAGGUGUCGGAAAGAUCCGAGAAGUGACUCGAGAAUUCGGAGAGGUCCUAGGAGUGACUCAAUGAUUCGGAGUGAUCCUAGGAGUGACUCUAGGAGUGACUCGAGGUGUCGGAAAAAUCCUAGAAGUGACCCGUGAAUUCGGAGUGAUCCAAGGAGUGACUCGAGAACUCGGAGAGGUCCUAGGAGUGACUCAUUUAGUCGGAGUGAUCCUAGGAGUGACUCGAGGUGUCGGAAAGAUCGAGAAGUGACUCGAGAAUUUGGAGUGACUCAAGGAGUGACUCGAGAAGUCGGAGUGACCUGAGGAGAUGGAUUGACACUGGUUACGCUAUAUAUAUAUAUACAUUUUAUAUGUAUAUGUUGUGUUAGAAAUAAGAUAUAGAUAACGUAUACCUAUAACCCUUAGUAUAGUAAUCAUCAGUGUCUAAUGACCAACAUACCAGGGUUAAAAUCGUUGAUUUAUCAUAUUUAGGAAUACAGAGGUAUGACACUAUGCUAACUUUUUGACAUUUGGUAUAUGUCGGGAGCGUCGAUGCUAACAGAGAUAUACGUUUGUAUGUUAAGUAUGCUACGCAUUUAUUGACAUUUUAACCAGUGAAAUACACGACUGAUGAUUAUAAGACUCUAUCAUAUGUGGUCAUGUAGGAUAGGGAUAUUCCACCCGAGGGGUCACAAAAUGUGGUAAAACC